AGCCGCAGAUGCGCGCUCCUGCCGCUGCUGUUGUUGCUGGCCGCCUGGCCGCCGCCCUGCGCCGCGGCUGCCGACGCGCCGCCAGGCUGGGAGCCGGCUCCCGACGCGCCCUGGUGCCUUGCUGCGCUGCCCGAGGGCCCUGAGGCGGGCGGCGGGCGCCUGUGCUUCCGCAGCCCCGCGCGCGGCUUCCGCUGCCAGGCUCCCCUGCGCGCUGCACGCCCUGGCCGCAGCCUGCGCGCCAGCGUCCUGCGCAACCGCAGCGUCCUCCUGCAGUGGCGCCUGGCUCCUGCCGCCGCGCGCUGGCGCCGGGCGGUGGGCGCUUUCGCGCUCAACUGUCAGUGGGUGCGGCGCCACACGCGUUUCUCCUAAAAGUAGCGCCGUUGCCCUCGGGCCUCCUGCCGCGACUACCCGGCUGCCUGACGUACGACGCAGCGCCCUUUCUACUGCGCCUGUGCUCGCAGCCGCCGCUGCGCCAUGGGGCCCGCCGCUACCGCGCCAGAGUCCCCGAGCCCGGGCGAGUGCGUGGAGUUCACUGAGCCGGGCUGCAUGCAGGGAUAUCGUGGCUAUGACGCGGUGGGGCGGCUCCAUCUGGGCGCUAUGCUGGUGGUCAUCUGCCUGCUGGUGGCCUACAUCACCGGUGAACUCAUGCGCCCGGCUCCCUCGCGCGCCCGCCUGCGCAGACACUCCCUGUGCUGA